GAAGUGGUUCGAGAAAAUGCCUAUGUGUUUAUGGAUCAAAGGAAAUUGAGUCAAGAUAUAUCAAAGCACCUACAGUAGGCAGAAUUGUCAAACCUUGCUGCACUAUCUCUGCGUACUGCUGCCAACUUAACCACCUCAAUUUAAGGCCUAGCAUCCUUGUCAGGAACAUCUUGUAUUGGCCGCUCAAGUCAAAGUAUAUCCUUGCGUUCGAGUUGGUGACACAUAGGUUAUACCAUAUUGAGUGUCCACCAGAGACGCAUGAUAUAUACAGGAGGAAUGUCCAUAUGAUGAAAACAGAGGAUGGUGGGCUUGGCCUUGCUGCUGUGACAAAGUUUAACCUGCGCCUGUGGGCCUGGGAUACUGAUGUUAAGGGUGUUACAGGAUGGGUGCUGCGCAGGAUCAUUGAGUUGGAUAAAUUUCUCCCAUUGGAACUGUCGUCUCUGCCUUCUAUGGAUAAUCGUCCAUGUGGAAGGCCUCCUGUCAGGAUAUUGGGUCUCGUUGAGGAUGAUGAUUUGGUUUUUAUAUGGACAAAAACUGGGGUCUUUACGGUCCAGCUGAAGACAAUGAAGCACAAAAAAGUGUUUGAGGCUGAUGUCUCUGCAAGUGUUUAUCCCUACACAGGUUUUCGCAUUGCAGGUGCCGUGGCACAUGAUGGUGGAAAUGUUGCAGCUGAAUAAAUAGUAAGAUAGUAUCUGCCGGCUUCCUUUGGUCAACUAAUCAGCAGAUAAAAUCAGAUGACAUCUGCUGACUCCCGUUUGCCGUUCAUGCCUAGAUAAUAAGCAGUGAGACUGACAUAAUGCAAUCCAAUAGGUGCCAAUAGGGCACCUUUGUUUCGUAUAUUCUGCUAUGAUUGUGAUGUAUCUAUCUUAUAUGUAACAACUCGUAUCGAUCAUUUGGUGUGAGGUCUUAACUGUUUAACGCUACCUUGUACUCAUGUGGCUGUCAUGUCGAAUUAUUUGAAUGCUUGUGUUGUUGCGAGUGAUGUGAAUAUUCAUGGGUA